AUGGUGGGCAAGGACUGCGUGGCGAUCGCGUGCGACCUGCGGCUGGGGCUGCAGGCGCUGACGGUGUCCAACAACUUCCCCAAGGUGUUCCAGUACGGCGAGAACGUGUUCCUGGGCCUGACGGGCCUGGCCACCGACGUGUCCACCGUGUCGGACCUGUUCCGCUACAAGGUCAACAUGUACCGCCUGCGCGAGGAGCGCCACAUCGCCCCGCGCACCUUCGCCAACCUCGUCAGCAGCAGCCUGUACGAGCGCCGCUUCGGCCCUUACUUUGUUAGCCCUGUGGUUGCGGGGUUGGACCCGACUACCGGUGCGCCUUUCAUCUGCGGGUUUGACAGCAUUGGGUGCAUUGAUUUUGCAAAGGACUUUAUCGUCUCGGGGACUGCGACGGAGCAGUUGUUUGGCAUGUGCGAGAGCUUGUGGGAGCCGGAUAUGGGUCCGGAUGCGCUCUUCGAGACGAUCUCGCAGUCCCUCCUCAACGCCGUCGACCGCGAUGCUCUGUCUGGCUGGGGUGCUCACGUCUACAUCAUCGAGAAGGACAAGGUGACCAAGAGGCUUCUGAAGGGGCGACAGGACUAG